AUGAGUUCCUCCACUUCGCCUGCUCCAUCGAUGUCAUUUGAUGAGAGACGUGACCGGGAGGAGGUAUCCAGUACCUCAUCCUCUCCGGCCACAUCAAUGUGCGCAUAUUCUGAAACCGAGCAUCAACACGACAUGGGCAUAUCCGCAUUUCGUAGCGUUAGCGGAAUCCCCGUAACAAUGCAACAACGAUUACUUGCAAUGCUUCAGAACGAGAUCCCACAACCAUUUGCUUCUACUCAUGAUGAACCUUGUAUAACAACGACUACAGAUCAUGAUUCGUCUUCGAAGCGAUCUGAAAAAGAUAUAUUGGAGAAGGAAAACGUGCAGUUACGCGCACAAAUCGCUUUGCUGCGAUUGGAAGUGAGCCAACUUUCACUUGUGCUUCUCGCUGAAGGAACGAAACCUUUGUCAUAG